AUGCCUGCGUCCUCUCGCGCUUCUCAGCCCUCCUCCAGGGCGACGUCACCUGCCCCUUCUCAUUCGUCGAAUAAAUCUUCGCUUUCCGACCAGAUCAAGCAGAAGGUUUCGAGCGGGUUCAACAAAGUCAAGAAAGUCACUAAGGCCCUUACUCGGCCUCUCAAGAAGAAGUCUCCCUCCGUCCAUACUCGAUCUUCCGCGGCGCCGUCCCAGCCCAUCGAGAUACCCAGUGACGACGACGACAGCAAUCAACCAAAGUCAAAGAAACAAACAAAAGUUCAGGUAUCACAAGAGCAGAAGCAGAAGGAUCAGGCUCAGCUUGACCGUGCUCGCAAAAGCUGA